GAGCAGAGUUCACGUAGGGUAAGGUACCAGGUACCAAGCCUCACUGUCAACUUUGCUUGGAUCAACUAUUGACGGUGAUCUCGAUUCGCAGUGGGCGCAUAUCAAAGAUGCGUUAGUUUCCGCCAGUAUCGACACUUGUGGAGUUACCCGUCACCCACCGAAACAUUGGAUUUCCGCCGACUCCUUGUCGCUGAUGGACAAACGCCGCUUGAUCCCAUCGGAUUCCAGACACGUUGAAGAACGCCAAUACCUUGGUCGAGAGUUGCGCAGGAGUCUGCAAAUGGACCGCGAAGCUUGGUGGUGUGAACGUGCUAGGGAGAUGGAGCUUGCUAGUCUCUGUGGUAAUACCAGGAAACUCUUCCAUCUCCUUCGAGUCACCGAAGGUGUUCGAUCUGGUAUAAGUGAAACAAUAUGCGAAGAGGAUGGCACCUUAAUCACCAAUCUUCAACGACGGUUGGAGCGAUGGGCCGAACAUUUUGGCUCGCAGUUUUGUUGGCCCCCAGCUCCAUCUGCUACCUCUGGCGCUCGCGCUGGGGCCGAGUGGUCUACCCCAACAGACCCUCCCUCUUCCCAGGAAAUCGAGCAGGAGCUCCGGCACCUGAAGCGUUAUAAAGCUCCCGGCCCUGAUGGUCUUCACCCAGCUCUAUUUAAAGAUGGUGGCGCAUCGCUGGUCCGAG